AUGUCUACUCCUUCAUUAGCACUGCUUAGUCCUCAGUCAGACCCUAUUCCUAAUCCCUUACCUGUACUGCCUAUUCUUGCACCUAGUCCUCAGUCAAACCUUAUUCCUGCUUCAUCACCUACACUGCCUAGUCCUAUCUCUAGUACUCAGUCUGAUUCCUUAUUUGAUACACCUCUAUCACACUCUCAACCUAGUCCCAUCAAUGUCUCCAAUCUAGCAGCUCCUACUCCACCUUUACCUGACCUGCCUACCACAAUCCCACAUGUGCCUUCUGUUGUUCAGGUUCCUUCAACUGUUAAUUCACAUCCUAUGGUGACAAGGUCUAAAUAUGGCAUUUACAAGCCAAAGGCACUACUUGCUAAGACCAAUUCAGACAAGCUUGCUAAGCCAAACAAGCCUGCUAAGCUAGCUAAGUCCACAUCUAUUCCUAAGCCUGAUUACACCCUUACAGGAACCUCCUUCCUUCAAGGUUGCAAUUCAAUAUCUACAAUGGUGUAA